AUGCAAUUGCGAAAAAAAUACAAAAAGAGAACGUCGGUUCGAAGAAUAUUUCAGGAAAGAAAGCAAAAAGGAGAGUUUCACCUUCUUGUAGAAGAGGUGAGACUUUUUGAUAGGGAAUACUACUUCAAAUACUUCAGGUUGUCCGUAUCCCAGUUCGAAGAACUUUUGCAGCUUGUUGCUCCUAAAAUCGCCAAGUGCAGUGAAAAAAGAGAACCAAUAUCUCCGAGUGAGCGGCUCUCAGUUACUCUAAGAUACUUGGUCACUGGAAACUCUCACGCUUCGCUGUCAAGCAAUUUCCGUAUACAUCCUACAACUAUCAGCCGUGUUAUAAGAGAGACCACGGCAGCUAUUUGGGAUGUUCUUUCACCCAUUUACGUUAAGUGUCCCGAAAGUGAAGUCGAAUGGAAGAACAUUGCGAAAGAUUUUAAUCGCAAAUGGAAUUUUCCACAUUGCUUGGGGGCAAUUGAUGGCAAGCAUAUAGUCAUGCAAGCUCCAGCAAGAUCAGGGUCGAGUUUCUUUAAUUAUAAAAAAACUCACUCAAUUGUUCUUUUAGCAGUGUGCGAUGCACAAUACCGGUUCACCCUCGUAGAUAUCGGAGACUCGGGCAGAAAUAGUGAUGGAGGCGUUUUUCUAGUAGUAAUCUAG